AUGAGAGUGAAGGCCCGAGUCAGAAAAAAGGUGGGAGUAAGUAGAUGUUCUGUUGAUUCGAGUUGCGAAAGGCGCGAAGGUGGACGGAAGGUCUGUCAUUUAAAAGUGGCCCGUGCACUAUUGCCUUCACCACUGGGCUGCCUGCCUGCCUGCCAACAACAACUAAGACUUUUGACUUCGAGUGGUAUCGCGUUAUCUUCUUUGCUUCUGUCAAUCACCCAAAAGGUGAGGACAAUAAUGUCAACAGCAUGGCAACAGUUACGCCUCUCCAAUCAAGGGAAUUUGCCACCUCUUCUGUUCAAGUAUUCCACCACAGCAAGCGGCUAUGAGCUCUUUAUGACAGACCUCAGCUAUAUCUGGUCGGAGCGCCUAGACCGGAAGGCAAUUCUCAAGAGAGCUGACGAGGAAGACACCACAAUUGACCCUAGCGAGGACCCUGAACAGUUUGAAGUUCUCUUACAGAAAAUUGGAGAGGGGCUACAGAACGGGCCUGGGAGUAGCUCCAUUCUUACCCCCAAGACACACGACAAGACUCAGGGUUUUGCGCUCACCGUCACUUCAAAACUUCCUGCUCCGCUUCGACCACUCGAAUGGCGUCUACAUUUGUUCAGGGAGCCACAGUCGUCCACCACCAGCCAUCUACUUCUACCUCUCAUCCGCGCUGAAGGUGAUCGCGCGGCUCGUCAACAAUCACUCAUAGAGGAACUGGGCAAAAAGGACUGGGUCCUCUCAAAGCUGUUUGACAAGAUCGAAGCCAUGGGUAUCGAUCUUAGUACAAUAUUCCCUGGUACUUCUGGUUUGAGAUCCGGCCGUAAAGGCCCAACGCUUGCACAGGCGGCAAAGUACAUCAAAGGCCUCGCCCCUUUCAACGAGAAGUCAUGGCUUGAAGAAGUAGACAAAUCAGCCAAUGACUCCGGCCUUGUCGGCAAUAUCGUCGCGGCGGUGUCAAGUCAAUUCUCCAAAGAGUCAGCCUCAUUAAAGCCCCCACCAGAUGAGUGGUGGAAUGAUCUUACCGUAUCCGACAGCCCUACAAUAAUCUCCACGCCGCAGAAGAGUAACAAGAAACGUCAACAGACCAAGCCGUCUUUGGAUGCCAUGGAUAUAGAUACUGACGCGGGUUCGGAGACCGGAGAUGAAGAGUUCGAGCGACAAGAAACGCCACCCCAGCUCAAGAAGCCCACUGAAACUCCACCAAAGGCUGUCUUCGAGGAUGCAGAUGAAGAGACACAAUCAGAAGACGAAGAUGUACGACUCCCAAACAGGGGCAAAGGGAAGGGAAAGCAAUUAGCGUUAGAGCAACAGAAAUCCCCCGCAAUCCGCCCCAAAUUGGCUGCAACUGGGAAAUCAAAGGGUCUUGGGACCAUUGGUGGCAAAAAAGGGGCCAAGCCUAAGCCUAAGGAGCCAUCACCAGCACCAGCACCAAGCCCACCAGAGGCAAAAGCAGAAACAACCUCACCACAAACCACGAAACAUCAACCGCUUAAACCGCCGUUAAAUGAAUACGACGACGGAACAACGGAUGAUGAGCCAUCUAAAACAACCAAAGCAAACAACGACACCAGGAAAACGGCCCCAAAACCUUCUCGCGGACUGGGUGUUAUUGGAGGCAAGAAGAAGAAAGAACCAGAGCCAGAGCCAGAGCCUGAACCUGAAACUCGGUCUCAAUCUCCAUCUCAAGCGAAACCCGAUGAAGACUCGCAGUCUCCCGACCCAGAUUUACGAACACAAGCACAACAAACAGUGUCCGAACCCAAGAAGAAUAAACCUAUCGGUAAACUUGGCAUUAUCGGCGGUUCAAAGGCCAAGCCAAAGACAAACACCAAGCCUAGAGAAAGCGUAUUCCCGACGCCAAUCUGGGAGAAGGUGGGGGACGAGGAAAAGGAGGACAGGAAAGGACUCCGAGAAAGUACGCCUAGCGCUUUAGCGCCUGCUGACCGUAUGGUCAAAAAGGAUACCCCAGCACCCCCAGAGCCAGAACGUGAAGAAACUGAGCAAGAGAGGGCAGAUAGGAAGCGUGAGGAAUUGAAAAGGCAGCUUGAGGCAAAGAGUAAGGCACCUGCGAAGAAGAAGCGGAGGUUCUAG